AUGUUAAGGUUUGUCGACGCUUCGACUGCACCAGGUUUAGCCCAGUUUUGCGAGGGGUCCGAUGACAUUCUUCUGUCUCAUGUCGGGUGCGAUGGAACGGAAGACAAUCUUGCGGACUGCAUACAUCUAGGGUUUGGAAUGCACAACUGCCAACAUAACGAAGACGCUGGGGUCACGUGCCUCUUAGGAGCUCGACUUGUCGGUGGAUUCCAUGAAUAUGAAGGAAGAGUUGAGAUACUACACAGAGGAUCUUGGGGGACUGUAUGCGACGAUUCGUGGGAACUAGACGACGCUAAGGUUGUGUGUCGGCAGUAA